AUGGCGGCGGACCGCUUCAACAUCAACCGGCAGUGGGAGCACCUGCAGGCCAAAUACGUGGGCACCGGCCACGCCGACACUACCAAAUUUGAGUGGGCCGUGAACCAGCACCGCGACACGCUGGCGUCGCACCUGGGCCACUCGGACAUGCUCGCGUACUUCGCCGUGGCCGAGAACGAGUCCAUGGGCCGCGUGCGCUACAACAUGCUGGAGAAGAUGCUGCAGCCGUGCGGGCCUCCACCGCAGAAGGAAGACGAAUAG